GGUGGGGAGACAUCUGGGCCCAUCGGUGGUGCUGAAGCCCUAUAGACUCAGUGGACUGGACAUCUUCUGGUCUACAUAGUUUCUGAAAUGGAGAAUUCUGCUUGGUGGCUUGUCCUGCUGGGAUUCUCAGAAUGCAUUAGAAUAGCUUGAUUUCUUGUCCACUGCACUCAAUCAGAGAAUGUGUAUCAUGGAUCUUUACCUUUAAAUAUCAUCCACUCUGAAUGGGGUGUGAAAUGCAACACUUAAUUAGUUAAUGGUUCCUUUUUUUACACUCAUGGCUUCAGACAGCUCUAAUGAAAGAUGCCUCAUCCUCAUCUUUUCCUUCUUCCUCUGUGUUUUACAAGUCAUGCUCUAGUGAUGAACCAAGGUGUGAAUGCAUAUACAUUUUGCUAAAUAUCUAUGCUAUGCUUGUUUUAACAGCAAGUGAUGGACCUGUGGUGUCAUGUUGUCAGAAAACAUCUAAUACGAUGCUGGAACGAGCAAAAAUCAAAAGUUUCUACAAACAGAAGAAGGGCUUAUGUCCAGUUGACGCUGUGAUAUUUGUCACAGUCAAAGGGAAAAAAAUCUGCUCUGACCCCACCAGUGCAUGGGUGAAAAAAACCAUGGUCUAUGUCAAUGAAAAGAAAAGGGCUCGCUCUAAAGCCGCCACCAGAGCCAUGGGGCUAUCCACAGAAACAUCAGCAGUCUCAUGGAACACAACCAGCACCCCCAGGCAAACAUAAGCAUGUUACCUAAGGAGAGUGUUCAUGUAGCUGGGAAAAUUAAUUCUGGGAUGUUCUGUGAUUGUCACUUCCCCAAUAUGUGCACUUACUUUAAUAAACAUGUAUUUAAAUAUUUACAUUUAAAUGUACGUAUAUAGUUAAUGGGCCUCAUUCACAAAACUUUCCUUAAAUUAUUCUUACUUUUGUUCUUAAAAAGUUCCUAUGAAAAUUAGGCCCAAUGUGCCUAAAUGUGUGUAUUUUUGUACAUUUUAAUGGGCACUUUAUUUGCCAUGAGAUUGUAACGUUAAUAUUUCAGUAAAAUCAUGUAGGAGGCACUGCUAUUGUCUAAUUUGAAAUUUACAUUAUGAGUAGUUAUGUAAGCAUGUAUUUCUUGAAGGAAACAUAAUUAUUUAGAAAUAUUUUUUUGAUCAUUUUAUCUGGCAGGCCACAGGUUAGCUAGUUAAUAGGAAACUGAGUUGGCACACACACACACACUCACUCUCUAUCUCUCUUAAGCCCUUUGUCACCCUCUCUGUCAUACACACAACUCAAGCACACCAUUCAACCUUGCUCUAGUAAGGUAAUGUUGCCAUGCAAAAUAAAAUCAUUUACAAUACUAUGAAAA